AUAGGACUAGAGGGAAUGGCCAGGGGAGGUUUAGGUUGGCAAUGAGCAGACAUUUCUCCUCAGGAAGAGCAGUCAGGCACGGGGAUGGGCUGCCCAGGGAGGUGGUGGCGUCACCAUCCCCAGAGGUAUACAAAAGCCAUUCAGAUGUGGUGCUUGGGGACACGGUGGGCCUGUCAGCGCUAGGUUAGGCUGGACUUGAUGCCAUAAGACCUAUCCCACUCAAAUGUCUCCAUGCCUCCACAGGCACCGCACGCCCCCAGACCCCCCCCCCCCCCCCCCCCCCCCCCCCAUUUAUACCCCCCGCGGCCCGGGCCCGCCCUGGGGCGGUUCCGUCUCCACGGGAACGGGCAGCGGCGUCGGGUAAAUGCCGCUUGGAAAUGCCUCAGUGCUCAGCAGUCCGCUGGUGCCUGAAAAUAAGAGGCCGCAGGAGGCUGUGGUACAAGCGUCCCCGCUGCCCGCCGUGGUGCGGUGGGAGCAGGGCACUGAGAAGCGUGGUGAGAAGCCGUAUAAGCCUGUCAGGGCGCUGCCUGGCCAUGAUGUCUGGCGAGCCGACCGAAGGAGUCAUAAAGCUCAUCAUCCGCCAAGUCGGAGAAGAGUGUGCCGCCAAGGGACAGGCUGUUUCCGAAACCUUGGUAGCUUUCAUGGUGAAAGCUGUUGUUCUAGAUCCAAGAAAUGAAUUUAAUGUGGACCAAAUCCUUACAAAAAGAGAUGUGCAAAAUCUUAUCCAGCUUUGUGUUACCAGACUGCUUGACACAACAAACCCAUCCCUGAGCACAAUUAAGAUGCAAGUUUACUUUGAUAUGGACUAUGCAAACCGAGCUGAAUUACUCAGAGAGCAGCGUCGUGUCCUGGAGGGAAGGUUGGCUCCUCUGGUCAGAGAUAUCACAGACAGCCGUCCUCGCGUGCCAGAUGAAAUGAUGAAAGUGUAUCAAAUGAUUGUUAGCUACGUGCUGCUGAGCUCUGGCCUGGGAUCCCCAACAGAUAUUGAGGUUGUCAGGGAGGCAACAGCUGCCCUGCAGAGUAUAUUCCCCCAGACAGCUCUGAGUGCCUUCAUCUCGUUCAGUAAGAAGGAUAAAGAGCAACAGCUGAAAAAUCUCGCCAUGCUAGUCACAGGGAUUCGAUUGUUCAACAGGGAGUGUGGGAAUGGAGGAAAGGGUAUCGAUGACUUGCCAGCCAUUCUGAACGAAGUCCUUCCAUCAGCUACACGGACUAUGGAAGACAGCCUCAACACUUGCCAUGUGCUAGCCCACUGUUACACAGCCCUGUUGGAAUCCAUGCAUGAAGACCAGCACAGACACAGGCAGCUCAGUUCUUUCAAACUAAAAGAAGCACUGUUCAACGUGAGACAAUACGAGGCCUUCCUCUGCAUCCUUAUGUCUGAUGCAAUUACGGGAGCUCAAGAAGUUGAAAAGAUGAACGUGCAGUUUGCAACAACAAUGGAGCAGUUAAAAAACAUAGUCCAGAAUAAGGUUUCUGUAGAUACCAAAGACGUUUUUCCUCUCUUUGUUGCAAUUUGUAAUGUGUGGACUGGGUUUCAGAACGAGUUACUACUCCUGAGCUUUCUCUCCAAUAUGACUAACAAUCUGCAGCAGUUCUUGGAAGCACAAUCGCAGCUUUUUCCUGAGGAAGUGCUAACAUCUCUUCUUGAAGGAGUGACUGUGAAAACCGAUGAGGAGAGGAUAAGCGAAACCAUGGGAACAAGAGUAAACAUUUCAGAUUUUGAGAACCAAGAAUGGCUUUUUCCAGAGACUACUGCUGAUUUUGAUCAGUUGCUAAUCCAGUACCAUGGUUUCUGUGCAUACGCAAUUGGUGUAAAAGGCCUCACCCUUCCAGGAAAUCCUGCUAUUGGGAUUUUGAAGCACAAGGACAGAUGCUACGUUUUCAGUUCCAAAGAAUCUGCUUACAUUUUUGCUCAAGACCCAGAUAAGUUCAUUCAGCUGACCAUAGAAAAAGCAAAAGAACACGCAGAGCUAAUUCAUCUGCUCGAGCUUCACCAUCACUUUGAAUACCUUGCUCCAUACACACAGACAAGAAGUGCAGACAAAAGUUUGAUGAAACCAACCACAAAACAUGACAGCAGCACUCAAACUGAUACUCACAUCUUGCCUCCGUCUAUUGUGAAGUCCUAUGAAUGGAAUGAGUGGGAACUGAGAAGAAAAGCUAUAAAAUUGGCCAAUUUGCGUCGCAAGUUAACUCAUGCCAUGCAGACUGAUCUCAGCCAUCUGAGAAGGGAGAACUCCACCCAGGUGUACUUGCCAAAAGACGUCAGCACCCAGACUAAGCAUGAGAACUCCAGCAAUGUACCCAGACCACAGAUUUUCUUGGCAGGGCUCCGAGGAGGAUCAUCUGCUGCUACGCGUAUGGUCAAAGUGGACUUAACAAGACCAAUAGAUGAAACCUAAGUGAAAAUGAGAAACCUACAGAAAUAUACUAAAUACAUAUAAAAAUCCCAAUAUAUAUCUGAAUGAAGUUACCAAAUAA